AAUAAUUAUAUUAAAUAUAUGUAAAUAUUGUGAGAAAAUAACUCAAACUCAAUACAUAAAAAUAACAUAUUGCUCUACCCGACUUGAUUAUAUAAGAAUUUAGCAAAAGAGAAAAGGAAUCAAAAGCCUAAUAAUUUGGCAUCUGAGCUCCUCCUCAAAAAGAAAUUAAAAAAAAAAAAAAAAAAAGCACAAGAAAUAUAUAGAGGAGGACGAGUAAGGUCCCACAUCCACCCAGCACUGCCCCAUCUAGAGCCCCUGACUUCAAAAAAAUUUCAUUUUAUGAUCCCCACCCUCCCAAACCCCAACCCAAUGCCAUGAUAUCUCCAUUAAAAACUUGGUUGCCAAAAAAAUGACAAAUACAACAAAAGAAUAAAAGGGUGAGUGAUGAUAACCCCGAGCACCCACCCACCUGGCAAUCCCUGCUUCAAACACACUACUACAACAACCCUACCCCUCACACGAUCCCCAUUCUCUUUGUUCUUACAUCAUUUUCCUUCCCUUUCCUCUCUAAUUUUCUCAGGAAACAAACACCAUGCUUGAUCCCAACACAAACCCACAUGAACAGCCAUUCCUCUUCAACAGCCGCGCCGACGACGACCAAAUUAAAAGUGACACAACAACAAACUACGAUUCUUGGCAUUCCGUAAAUUACGCUUCCCGGGCUCCUCAGAAAACUACUCAAAAAUAUGGAAACCACAGCAUGGGAGGCCGGAUCAACGUCGAUACUACUACUGCUUCCGGUGACGAGUCUGACUCGCCGCCGUUGUGGAAGACGACGAGCCGCGUGAAGAACUAUCGGAGUCUGUCCCCGACUUCGAAAAAACAAGCGAUCGCCAGAGGACAGAUGGAGCUCAUGGAGAUGGUGAAGAACAUGCCUGAGUCGUGCUACGAGCUUUCGCUGAAAGAUCUCGUUGAGCAUAAGUAUAGGCCAAUGGGUGGCGACGAAGAAGAAGAUCGAAAUCAAUAUCAAGGUCAAGAGGAAGAAUACGAUGAUAGAAGUACUGAGAAUUUGGUAAGGAGGGAAAUGGAGACGGAAACGAAAACGAAAUGAAGAAAAAUGGUGAGAGGAAGAAACUUGAUGAGGAGUGGGAGUAUAGAUAGUGGGGGGUUUCUUUUGAAGAUGGUUUUGCCAAUUUCUUUGGGGGGUAAGAAGAAGAAUAAUAAGAGCGUUAAGGAGAAGGGUGAGUGCUUGGUGGUGGAUGCAAAUAGCAAUAAUAUGAGUGCAAAGGUGUCUCCAAAGCCUCAGGGGGUGGAUGGAUCUGUGAAGGUAGUGGGUGUGGAUAAUGAAUGGUGGAAGAUGAAGAGAUUUUCUGUAUCAGAAAGGAGUGAAAGUGGUGUUUCUAGUAUCAAUAGUGGAAGCAUAAAAAGCAGUGGCAGCGGUAGCAGAAGCAGCAGCUGUAGCAGCAGAAGCAACGGCAGGCGCAAGAGCAGUGGAUGCUGGUCGUUCAUCCUGCUCAAGAAGAACAAGAGGCGGGAUUGAAUGACGAUUUGUACCUUCUAGAUACAAUACAGCAUGGAGAUUAAUAUUAAUUAAGUGUUUGUGUAAUUACGUCUCAAAUAAAAAUAUACUUUUGAGAUAUUGUAGAAUAUUGCAAAAGAAAAUUGCCGUAGCUUGUGGUGUGUAUGUUCUUGAAGAUUUUGGGAGAGUUGGUAUAUCUUUUCAUUUAAUUAAUGGAACUUAUAACAAUUUCGUGCCUUUUUGUGUAAAAUUCUGUU